AAUGCACAAUAUAAACUUAGAUUCUUUUAUAAGAUUGGCAAAGGAGUGAACAAACGCUUAGAAAAGUCCAUUUAUUGGUUUAAAAAAGCAGAAAAUGAAAGUUUAAGUGCAAAUAAAUGGAUUGAAAAUGCUUUAAAAUAUGAAAAAGUUAAAUUUAUAUCUUAUAAAGAACUAAAAAAUGCAAAACCUCUUGAUGUAGGAGGAUUUGGAAAAAUAUCAAAAGCAACUUGGACUAAAACUAAUAAUUAU